CCCACGUCUACGGCCUCGCUGUGUUGUCAUUAGGCGGCCGCUAGAGGACACGAUCAAGAUGGCGGCGGUAUCUGGGCUGGUGCGGAGACCCUUCCAGCAGGUCUCCGGGCUGCUGAAGAGGCGCUUUCACCGGACCGCGCCGGCGGCGUUGCAGGUGACGGUUCGCGAUGCUAUAAAUCAGGGCAUGGAUGAGGAGCUGGAAAGAGAUGAGAGGGUAUUUCUGCUUGGGGAAGAAGUCGCCCAGUAUGAUGGGGCAUACAAGGUUAGUCGAGGCCUCUGGAAGAAGUACGGAGACAAGAGGAUCAUAGACACUCCCAUCUCCGAGAUGGGCUUCGCUGGAAUUGCCGUAGGGGCAGCUAUGGCUGGGUUGCGGCCCAUUUGUGAAUUUAUGACCUUCAAUUUCUCCAUGCAAGCCAUUGACCAGGUUAUAAAUUCAGCGGCCAAGACCUGUUACAUGUCGGGGGGCCUUCAGUGUGUUCCCAUCGUCUUCAGGGGUCCCAACGGCGCCUCGGCCGGUGUAGCCGCCCAGCACUCCCAGUGCUUUGCUGCGUGGUACGGGCACUGUCCAGGCUUAAAGGUGGUCAGCCCCUGGAAUUCAGAGGAUGCAAAAGGACUUAUAAAAUCAGCCAUUCGGGAUAAUAAUCCAGUGGUGGUGCUGGAGAACGAGCUGAUGUAUGGAGUGCCUUUUGAAUUUCCCACAGAAGCUCAGUCAAAAGAUUUUCUGAUUCCAAUUGGAAAAGCCAAAAUAGAAAGGCAAGGGACACACAUAACUGUGGUUUCCCAUUCAAGACCUGUGGGCCACUGCUUAGAGGCUGCUACGGUGCUGUCUAAAGAGGGAGUUGAAUGUGAGGUGAUAAACUUGCGCACCAUCAGACCAAUGGACAUCGAGACCAUCGAAGCCAGUGUCAUGAAGACAAAUCACCUUGUGACUGUGGAAGGAGGCUGGCCCCAGUUUGGAGUAGGAGCUGAAAUCUGUGCCAGGAUCAUGGAAGGUCCUGCAUUUAAUUUCCUGGACGCGCCUGCCGUUCGAGUCACUGGUGCCGACGUCCCCAUGCCUUAUGCAAAGAUUCUAGAAGACAACUCUGUACCUCAGGUCAAAGACAUCAUAUUUGCGAUAAAGAAAACAUUAAAUAUCUAGUGAGACUUGAAUAGCAAGUCAUGGAAGGUUAUUUAAAUAUGUGCUGGCACUUCAUCUGGAUUGUACUUCAAGACCUUUCUACUCAUAAAGUAAAAUGAUCUCUAAAGCAACACAGGUGUUUUUGUACUGGGAAGAGGUUUCAACGUGUCGUGAGUGGGAACUCCACUCCUGCCCUAGACUCCAUGCUUUCUUCUGUCUGUUACAGUUGCUAUGUUCUUUGAAUAAGAUUAAUGUAAAAUUGUACCCUCCCGAGAAGGUACGAGGGUGGCAGAAUCCUGAGCGAUAUAUCCCAAAAAAGAUAAAUUAUAUGUAUAAAAUAAAAGCAUAUUAUCUGUUAGACUGUUUUGAUAAAGGGAAUAAAAGAAUUCCUAACUAUGGCUAA